GUGCCGAAAGAUUUUUGGGCCACGCUAUAAUAUAUAAGGUUUGAUUAGUGGUGGCAAUUCCUACGUGCAAUCUGACUAACUAACCAAAUUGCGAGCGCAUAACCCGUCGAUCAGACCUAACCUGCCAACAUCCAUUGCCACUUCCGCCCUUGACCACCGAUGGCGGCGGCAGCCACUCCCACCAGGACCUUCCCUCCGACCAGGACUCCACUUAACCGGACACGCCCGUUCUCCCACUUCUCCCGCCUCCGGUGCUCCGCCGGUGCUAAAGCCCCGAUUUUGACAGCCUCCAACCUCACCGACCCCUCCCCAGCGUUCCGAUCUCUCACGGCCUUCGCUCCCGCCACCGUAGCCAACCUCGGCCCCGGUUUCGACUUCCUCGGUUGCGCCGUCGGUGGUGGCCUCGGCGACACCGUCACCGUCUCCGUCGACCCCGCAGUCGCGCCAGGUACUCUCUCGAUCGCCGAGAUCUCUGGAUCCUCUUCUGCCUCCAAGCUCCGGCGUGACCCGCUAUGGAACUGCGCUGGCAUAGCCGGUAUAGCCGCGAUGCGCAUGCUCGGUGUCCGCUCCGUAGGCCUCUCCCUGUCUCUUCACAAGGGCCUCCCGCUCGGUAGCGGCCUCGGCUCCAGCGCUGCUUCUGCCGCUGCCGCGGCGCUCGCCGUCAGCGAACUCUUCGGCGACUGCCUGACCCCUGACGAACUCGUUCUCGCCGGGCUCGAGUCAGAGAAGAAGGUAAGUGGCUACCACGCUGACAACGUGGGGCCUUCGAUCUUGGGAGGCUUCGUCUUGAUCCGGAGCUACGACCCGUUUGAGAUCAUCCAGCUGGAAUUCCCACAUGACCGGGAUCUCUUUUUCGUGCUGGUGAGCCCCGAGUUCGAGGCGCCCACCAAGAAGAUGAGGGAAGCAUUGCCGGCAAACAUCCCAAUGAAGGACCAUAUCCGGAACUCGAGUCAAGCCGCAGCCUUGGUGGCUGCUGUGGUGCAAGGCAAUGUGAGGGUUCUCGGAUCUGCAAUGGCAGCGGAUGCAAUCGUCGAGCCGAGGAGAGCUCCCCUAAUUCCAGGGAUGGUGAGUGUGAAGAAGGCAGCAAUGGAGGCAGGUGCCUUUGGUUGCACCAUCAGCGGCUCCGGGCCGACUGCUGUAGCAGUCAUCGACGAGGAGGAGAAAGGAAAUGAGAUCGCGUUGAGGAUGGUGGAGGCUUUCACCAAGGAGGGUAAUCUCCAAUCCAUUGCAACUGUGGCCAAGCUUGAUAGAGUUGGGGCAAGGGUCAUUGGAACAGAAGCAGCCUAAAACAAACAGAAUGUUCAGGGUUGGCCUCUGCUUAACUGGGAGGUUUGAGCACACAGGAGAUGAGUUCCAAGCAAUAAAGAAGUGUCAAUCCUUUGAUUCUUACCAGCAAAGAUCAGCUGCAGUUGUAACAGGGUAGUGCAAGCCUGGUGAGAUUGUCAUUUUCCUACUAGCAUAUUAUCACUUUGAUUUAGUGUUUUGAAUUGUAGUUUAUCUGGCGGUGAAAUAACUUUUUGCUUCAAGCCUUCUUGUGUGAUGAUGUCUACUAUAUCUAUUUGUUACUUGUUUUAACUGUAACCUCUGUUAUUUCUCUUUCCCUUUUCUUGAAGCACAAUUGUGUUUUGACAAGGAGAUAGGCUAUCGUUAAUCACUCAUCUCCACCAAACAUUAAAUCAUCAUCAAUUAUCAUCAUCGUUUGUAGUUUUGAUUGUUCAUGGAUCAUCAUCGAUUAUUAGGUCUGAUUGUUAAAUAUUUGUUAGCCAUUGAUUCCCAUUGCUAGUUUGUUAAAAGGGUCCAUUAAGUUUCAUUUUCGCUUUACUAGAAAACCUCAGCUGGUUAAGCCUGUUUUGCCAACUCUAGAGUAAGGAAUGCAACGGAAAUAAAAACACGUAUAAUACAUAAAUACCAUAAAAAGAUAAGAAUGUGGUUGGUGGCGCUGGGGAGGAUCUCAACCAGAAGAAAUCAAGGCCAUUACCUAAUGCAGCCAGUAGUUUGGAGCCAGGGGUUCGUGUUGCCGAUAAAAAUGUGGUGACCGAAAUGAAGGAGCAGGACAAAGCUGUUGGAUUCACAUUUCCAGGGAGAUAUCAGGAUAUUGUGGAAGUAAUUCAUGAGAUAAAGAACCAGUUUGAUGGGGCAUCUGCUUCAGCUGAUCAUGUGGCCAAACUGUUUGAAGUGGGAAAAUUUUUCUAUCACCACAAAAAUUCUGAAUAUAAAGUUUCUGCAAGGAUAAUUUGUGGUUUGUCUCCUCUUUCAACCUCAAAAAUGGAUGAUCUUUUGGUGAUUGAGGAAGAUGAGGUAAUUGGCACUGGAUAUCUUUCAUCAACUCUACAGAAGAUUUACAAUUGGGAAUUAAAACUCCUCGAGGAAGUCAUGGCCGAGGAAAAGAUGAUGGUUUUAUACAAUAGAAAAUGUAAGCAGCUGAAUCGACUAAGUAAAAAUGUAAAAUGGGUGCAGAGGCUGAAAAGCUGGAGUCAGUUGAAGUGUUCAUCAGAAAGCUAUCUGUAAGGAUACAAAUAACCAUAUAGAUAGUAUGCUCAAUGUCAAGUAAAAUCAAUCAAGUCAGGGAUGAAGAGUUGUAUCUGCAAGUUAUUGAACUUAUCCAUGGUUAUGUCAAAAUGCCAUCAUAUUCAAUGUCAAGCAAUAUCGGAAGCUAAAAAUCUAUAUUCUAUUAUCGACAGAGUAAAGCUGAACGACCAUAUGGAUGAAAUAAAACGACUGGAGAUGCCCACAGUUGAUUUGGCAGCUCAUUUUUCUGGUUGGGUCACUGCUCCAAGGAGCUACCUCAAAUCCUUGAACGAUUGGCUUAUGAAAGGUGUCUGUUCUGUACCUGAAGAAACAGACGAUGACAUUGCUGCUCCUUCUCCGCUUGGGAAAUUAGGUGCACCUUCUAUUUUCGUCGUCUGCAACUACUGGUCUGAGAGUGUAGAUGUCAUAUCGGAAAGGAAUGUUGUCGGUGCAAUGAAGGAUUUUGCUCAUAUUGUUUUUAAGUUAUGGCAACAGCACAGCCUCGAGCAAUGACUUUAAUAACAAAGUCUGAUUGCAAUAAGAGAUAUGGAUAGCAAGCUAAGAUUGAUGGCAAGGGAUGAGCAACUAAUGGUCAAGCAUAAGAAUAAGUUAAUGCCAAUAUCCAGUGAGAUCGAUAUAUCAGUUCCUGAACAUGCACAUCAUGGUUCCACUAUGAUUAGUUUUCAAUCAAGCCUCAGACACAUUUUUGAAGCCAUGGAAAACUUCGCUGCUAGUUAUGCAAAAGCAUACAAGGAGCACGUUUGCCAUUUCAUUGCAAUUCGAUUAGAACCGGAAGAGUUAGCAGGUGGCAUCCCAAGCGACGACAAGCUUCACUGUCUAGUGGCAUCUGGUUGUGGGGAGGAGAUGGACUAUUCCAACCGGCACAAACAUUGUGGAUAUUAUUUAUAACUUUGGAUUACUAUCUUCCUAUCUCAGGCAAGUGGUACCGAUAUGUCGAGAGCAACUUAUAGGACUUUUCAUCACUUUUUGGGCAUGACCUGAUCAAAAGCUGUGAAGUAGUGAAAGUUUUUUUGAAAAUGCCAUCGAUGCUGGUACUUGCUGCUGCUCUCCUGAAACAUCACCAAACUGCACUAGCCCCUGUUUUGAAACACUUGUCGGUCGAUCUGUCGAAGCUGUGAGAUGCUCAUGAUGCUCGAGUUGGAGCAGUCUUAGUUCUCAUGACCACUAGCACCAAGGUGCUGUUGUGCACGAUGCUGAAGAGCAUAGGACAGGAUAAGUUCACGAGUAUCUGUCGCUUUCAUGGUCACUUCUAAUUCUAUUGAUCUUCCCAACCAUGGCAUGGAGCAAAAGCUUAGUGAUGUACAUUUGAUAUCUGUAUUGAGGAUCGCUAAUAUCUAAGCUUGUUAAUUCAUUAA